AGUUUAUGGGGUUGCAGUGUUGGAAACGUCAAAAAAACAAAUCCGGGAAAGUGAAAAAUUUUCCUUUUUCAUUUCUUUUUUCCUCAUAAUUUCCAUUCAGGAUGGUGGUGACUCUCAAGGAGAGGCAAAUAUGUGCAAUCAAACAGAUGCUGAAUCUGAAUCAACCCCAGACGAAGGCAGUAGCUGCUGAGCCUGUGUGGAAGAUCCUCAUCUAUGACCGCGUAGGGCAGGACAUUAUCUCACCACUCAUUUCCAUCCGGGAGCUCCGGGAGUUGGGUGUGACGUUGCAUGUGCAACUGCACUCGGAUCGCGAUAGUAUCCCCGAUGUGCCGGCAAUUUACUUCUGUGCCCCCACGGAUGAGAAUUUGGGACGUAUCUGUCAGGAUUUCCAGAAUGGAUUGUAUGACGUGUACCAUCUGAAUUUCAUCUCACCCAUCUCCCGGCAGAAGCUGGAAGAUCUCGCCUCGGCAGCCCUGCAGGCCAACUGUGUGGCCAACAUUCACCGUGUAUACGAUCAGUAUGUGAACUUCAUCACUCUGGAGGAUGACAUGUUCGUGCUGAAGCACCAGAACAGCGACAGUUUGUCCUACUACGCCAUCAACAGAGCCAACACGCAGGAUGUGGAGAUGGAGAGUAUCAUGGACAGCAUGGUGGAUAGUCUCUUCUCAGUGUUUGUCACUCUGGGCAAUGUUCCCAUCAUCCGGUGUCCCAAGAAUACAGCCGCCGAAAUGGUUGCCCGGAAGCUGGAGAAGAAGCUCCGGGAGAAUCUCUGGGAUGCCCGGAAUAAUCUCUUCCACAUGGACGCCUCACAGGCAGGAGCUUUCAGCUUCCAACGACCUCUUCUGAUCAUUCUGGAUCGCAAUGUGGACAUGGCUACGCCACUGCAUCACACAUGGACGUACCAGGCGCUGGCGCACGACGUCCUGGAGCUGGCACUCAACCGGGUCGUCGUGGAGGAUGAAGAGAAACCUGUAGGGGGUGCCCGGCCAAAGGGACGCUCCUGCGAUCUCGACAGCCGUGACCGCUUCUGGAGCUCCCACAAAGGCUCCCCAUUCCCAACGGUCGCAGAAGCCAUUCAGGAAGAGCUGGAGCAGUAUCGCAAUUCCGAAGAUGAAAUUAAGAAGCUCAAAUCUUCCAUGGGCAUCGAUGCAGAGAGUGAGAAUGAGGUGGCCUUUUCAAUGGUAAAUGACAACACAGCUCGUCUCACGAGUGCUGUAAAUUCCCUACCACAACUUAUGGAGUUGAAACGAUUGAUUGAUAUGCACACGAAGAUAGCUACGUCAAUUCUGAAUUGCAUUAAGGCCAGACGGUUAGACUCAUUCUUUGAACUUGAGGAGAAAAUAAUGUCCAAAGCAGCAUUGGAUCGUAGUUUGACGGAAAUUCUGUCUGAAGGUGAUUUUGGGACACCCGAAGACAAGAUGCGCCUCUUUAUUAUCCACUACAUUUGCAAUGGCAUGACGGAUGGGGAGUACCAACGCUUGGAGGCUAUUCUCCAGGAGGCCGGGUGUGAUUUAUCAGCCAUGCCGUACAUUCAGCGAUGGAAGAGCAUCAUGCAACGCUCAGCUGUGCCCGUUAAUAGUCACUACGAGGGUGGUGGCACCAAGACGGUGUCCAUGUUCUCCAAGCUCGUGUCUCAGGGUUCUUCCUUUGUGAUGGAGGGUGUGAAGAAUUUGGUCGUGAAGCGACACAAUUUGCCCGUAACAAAGAUCACGGAGCAACUAAUGGAAUGCCGCAGUGGCGGGGAAAUUGAUGAGUAUGUCUAUUUAGAUCCCAAACUACUAAAGGGCGGUGAGACAGCCCCCAAAAAUCGAGCCCCAUUCCAGGAUGCAAUUGUCUUCAUUGUUGGUGGUGGGAAUUACAUUGAAUAUCAGAAUCUUGUGGAUUUUAUAAAGGUGAGAACAUUUUGGGUCGCAAAGGGGGUCUAUGGGGGUGCGAUAAGGGUUUGGCUUACCUUUGAAUUUUACUUGCAGCAAAAACAAACGGCCAAUUCGACAAGGAGAAUAAUCUAUGGAGCUUCUACGCUGAAUAAUGCAAAGCAGUUCCUCAAGCAACUAUCACUACUUGGGCAGGAGAUAAAGAAUACUAAUUAGCUUUUGUUUUUAGAUUUAUUAAAUUUUUAUUGCAGAAAUAAAAAAAAUAAAGGUUAUAAAGUUAUAAA